AAUAUUUAAAAACUCAUUUGCUCGAUUGCAGCAAUGCGACUCGCUCUGGUUUCAUUAUUGUAUUUCAUCUUUGCUGGCAAUUUGGUACUGUGCCAACAAAAUGAUUCAAGCCAAAUCUAUGGAGAGCAGUUCGAGAAAUUUAAGAAAGUCAACAACAAAAGCUACAUACGUCCCUAUGAUGAGCUGCGAAGCUAUAAGGCCUACGAGGAAAACCAUCAAAUUGUCAACGAGCACAACAAAGAUUAUGAUUCAGGCAAAAGCAGCUUUCGACUAACAACAAAUACAAUGGCAGAUAUGAGUACUGAUUCGUAUCUUAAGGGCUUCUUGCGUUUACUAAGAAGUCCACUGAUAUCGCCAUCAGAUAAUAUGGCCGAUAUAGUUGGAUCGGCGCUAAUGGACAAUGUGCCAGACAGUUUGGAUUGGCGUAAAAAGGGUUUCGUGACACCAUCGUAUAAUCAACAGAGCUGUGGCUCAUGUUACGCCUUCAGCAUUGCCCAAAGCAUUGAGGGUCAAGUUUUCAAGCGGACCGGCAGAAUCCUACCUCUAAGUGAACAGCAAAUCGUCGAUUGCAGCAUAUCGCAUGGCAAUCAGGGUUGCACAGGCGGCUCGCUGCGAAACACACUUCGAUAUCUACAAGCUACUGGAGGUCUAAUGAGAUCCGUUGACUACAAGUAUGCCUCGAAGAAAGGGGCUUGUCAGUUCGUCAGCGAAUUGGCCGUGGUCAACGUCACCUCGUGGGCCAUUUUGCCGGCAAAUGAUGAAAAGGCAAUUCAAGCAGCGGUGGCGCAUAUUGGUCCAGUGGCAGUUUCAAUCAAUGCGACCCCAAAAACUUUUCAAUUGUAUAGCGACGGAAUCUACGAUGAUGUCACGUGCACUUCGAGUUCGGUUAAUCAUGCGAUGCUACUGAUUGGAUAUGAAAAAGAUUAUUGGAUACUUAAGAAUUGGUGGGGAGAAAUGUGGGGAGAAUCUGGCUACAUGAGAAUACGUAAGGGCAUCAAUCUAUGUGGGAUUGCCAAUUAUGCAGCGUAUGCAAUAGUUUAACCCACGUGCUAUGCACGCCCACAGAUAUCGAGAGAGAUAUGAGAGAGAUAUCGAGCAAAAUGAGUUAUACAUGUAUUAAUAAGUACACCAUGUCAAGCAAACAAGUUCAUGAAUAAAAUAACAUUGCAUGUCCAACAUACAUACAAGCAUACAUCAGCCACGUAU